CUUUUGUGAGCCACAUGCUCUCUUAGCAUGUUUAAGGCAUCCUUUACACUCCCCCCUACACCCCAUUCGAACUCCCCAAGAUAAGAGUGAAGGAGAGAGCCACAUAACCAAGAUAAGCCAAAGAGAGAGCAAGCUGUCCGCAGGUUCGUUCUUCAGUGCGUAGCUCUGAUUGUUUGAGCCAUAACUCGAGAUUCACUCGUCCAAUUAAGGAGUAUAAGAUACCAAAAGAAAGAUCUCAAGACGAGGAAUCCGUGGAUGUCUGGUUUGCAUCAAUCGGAGUAGUGGAAGGCUUCCAAAUCGUCCGAGCAAAACACAACCUCGCGGAAUACGUUUUUGUAUUCAAAGUUAGGGAACGAAUUCGUCGGGAAACACCCGUUCUAGGGACUGUUUUUGCGUCUUCGGUUAGGAGUUGAACUAGCACUUUGAGGGGGCUGUUUAACACUCAAUUCCAAGCAAGGAAUCAGUUCUAAAACCUUCUUGGCCGAGGCUUUGGUCGUUGGAGCGAGAAGGAAGGUUUUAAAGCUCAUUUGAGGUGAGGACCGACAUCUAGUUGCUUACAACUUGUAGGUUAUGCAUGAGAUUACCUAAAUGCUUGAGUCAUGUUUUUGUGAAUAAAUAUGCUUGAACAUGAUAUGAAUGAUAAGUAAUGGACUUGACCAUGAAUUGAAACCAUAUUGAUGAAUAUGGAGUCAUGUGAGAUAAAAGUAUGCUAAUAUGGUAAAUUGACCUUCCAACUCAUGUAUGAAUGUUAUGUGUAUGUAAAUGUAUAAUUUCAUGAUGAUGCUUAGCACAUGGGAGGCUGCCACAUAUCUAUUGAUAUGGAGGGGCUACCAUUUAUGAUAAAUGAGUUGUAGGAAUAAUCUUAAUAGUAUUGUGAUGCUAGUUAAGGAUUGUUCAAAAUGUUGAUAGAAUCAAACUUAAGGUUUGAGUUGUUUGUGAUGAACUUGAAUAAGAUUCAAGUGUCAAGUGUGAUUGUAUGAAGUAGGAGAUCUAUGGUGUGAUUAUAUGAAGUAGGAGAUCUAUGGUGUGAUUAUAUGAAGCAGGAGAUCUAUGGUGGGAUUGUAUGAAGUAGGAGAUCUAUGGGGUGAAUACAUGAAGUAGGAGAUCUAUGAUGUGAAUACAUGAAGUAGGAGAUCUAUGAUAUGAUUAUAUGAAGUAGGAGAUCUAUGAUGCGAGUGCAUGAUGAUGUACCCGAGCCUAACUCUAGAAAUGAGAAGUUAUAUUAGGGUUGGACCCUAUGUAUUGUCGUGACUAUUAGUCACGGGGUUUGGGAAAUGUUUUAUAACAAACACGGGCCUUUGAGCCGACUACUUGACUUUAUAUAAAGUAAGUAUGUAUUUUGAAAGGGGUAAUCUGGGAUUACGGCCUAUACUAUAUUAUCACCCUAUUUGAGGGUCUUGUGUGUGAAAUACUUGUUGUAUAUCUAUUAGAUGCCUGCCACACCAGCACUUUAUAGCCCUAUAGAGUGCUGACCCCUUCGGGGGCGUCCCACCACCAUUUUUCAGGUUGAGGCUAGAGCUUGCUUCCUGUGCUCGUUGCUCGAGAGAUCAUAUAGGAGGGAAGACUUGGUUCGUGCUUCCUCCAUUCUGUUUUUAAACCUUUCUAAACAUGCUCAUGGAUAUUUUACUAUGGAGCCUGCGUGCUCAUGAAAUGCCUUGUGUGGCCCUUUUGUUUUAAACAAUGUUUCCGCUGCGUUAUGAAUUACUUAUUAUGUUUGUUUAUGGAUGUAUAUGUGUGAAUGAUAUUCAAGACGCCUUGUAUAAUAUGAAUGUGUUGGACUGCGGUUGACUAUUCGUAUUGUACGGCGGGUUGUUGACGUGUCCGGAUAGGUCCGGGGCGUGACAAUUAAGUUGGUAUCAGAGCCUUAGUCCAUAAACUUCAUAAUGAAGUCUCAAAAUUCUCUUUUCAAAAUGAUUUUUGAAAACCAUGAGCAAAAACGUUUUGUACUUAAGAACUUUUGGUGUUUGCGUUGCAAGGUCUCUAAUUGUUAAGAUGGCGCCCUUAACGAUUGGUAUGGCUCAUUCUAAUUAUUUCUUUCAGCGAUGGAGGGUGAUGGUGGUAUUAUGAAUAGGGAGAACUCGGAAGGGUUUGCACCGGGUGGAACCGGGCAUGCCAACCGAGAAAAGCCCUUAGGACCAAAGGUGCACGAAACUCUUGAAGCUCAAAUCGUGAGUGGUGGUCAUGUUAAGACCAAGGAAGAAUCACCUUGUUAUGGCAAAACUGAACCACUCAAGGCUUCGGGUGACGAAGGAGAUGAUUUGAGUGAUGAGGACCUUGAUGGUGCACCCAUUGAACAAAUGGGCAUGGUCAUAGAUUGGCUUCAACGUGAACGUGUGAGGCUUAUACAAAAACGCCAAGCUAGGCAAGCUGAGGGCAUACCAUUAGUAAGGAAAAGGAAGCGGGGAGACAACGAUUCCCAAAGACAUUCAAGGAGGACAAACGUUGAGGGUGACAAAACCUUCAGGGCGCAGACACUAUCACUUGAGUGGAGUCGAGGCUUAGGUGGCCCGAACUCGAGGUCAAAAGGUCCGAGGGUACCUAAGUGCAACAAUUGCAAGAAACACCACUCGGGUAAGUGUCAGGACCCUCCCAGGUGCUAUCAAUGCACAGAGGUCGGGCACACGAGAGUGAGUUGCCCACAAAUUGUGCAAAACCAAACUUCGGGGUCAAGUGGUGGAACUACAAGAAAUGAAAACCAAACCGAGGUUUCUCAAGGGAGCAGGGGACAUGGGGGAGCAAGCACGAGCAACGCGCCAUCCGUGAACCAAGGAAGGACCCAAGCUAGGGUCUAUGCGAUGACGGAGGCGGAUGCUCAAGCUAACCUGGAUUCCGUUGAAGGUUGAGGCUAGAGCUUGCUUCCUGUGCUCGUUGCUCGAGAGAUCAUAUAGGAGGGAAGACUUGGUUCGUGCUUCCUCCAUUCUGUUUUUAAACCUUUCUAAACAUGCUCAUGGAUAUUUUACUAUGGAGCCUGCGUGCUCAUGAAAUGCCUUGUGUGGCCCUUUUGUUUUAAACAAUGUUUCCG